AUGAGUAACGGUCAAUAUUAUCAAUCUAAUCCGCGUACGAUUAUACCCGUGACGGUAAAUCCAAAUGACGACCAACGUUUUAUUCGUUUUCGUUCAUCAAACGCACCAUCAAAUGAUAUCGACAAUCGAAUGAGCGCACGCAUGCGUGAGUUUGAAGAAGAAUGUCGACGAUGGCGAGAAAAUUUUUUCAAUGAACCCAGAUUUGAAUCAAGUGUAUUUCCUUCAUCAUCUUUAGCGCAUUCGAGACCAAGAAUGCAAGUUGAUUUUCCUGAUUUUCCAGAAUUCGGCAGUAUUGAUUGGCCAACAUUUCGUGGAUCUGCACCAGGCUUUAACUCAUCAACGGGUGCAGCUCAUCGAUCCUAUAUUGAAGAAGAUAAUGAUGGUAAAAAAAAAUACAAAAUUCAAUUUGAAAUUGGUGAAUUUCGACCUGAAGAAUUAAAUGUAAAAGUCGAAGGUCGUACAUUGAUUGUAAAAGGUGAUCGUCAACUCAAAGCUGGUAAUGCAACUGAAUCAAAGCAAUUCAAUCGUGAAUUAACAUUACCAGAAUUUAUUGAUGUUAAAACUUUACAAUCGUAUUUAUCCGAUGAUGGCAUGCUUACAAUGGAAGCACCUGUUAUUUUAGAUCGUUUCUAUAAUAAUCCAGGUUCAUCAGCAUUAACAUCAUCAAAUCCAAGCCGUUUCGUUGAUACAUCAUUUAUUGGCGGACGGCAACCAUUAUCGAAUUUUGUUCAUGGUAAUAAUCAUACAAAUUCAUAUUCGUCAACAUCAUCAGCAUCAUCAUUUCGACAAGAUGCUCCUAUUUUACGCGAAACAGGUAGUUUUACGCGAAAUAGUCCACUACGUGAUCCAUAUCCAUCAACAAGUUCAACAUCAACUCUUGUCGGUGGUGGUGGUAUUAGUAAUAAUAAUAAUCAAUCAUCGGCUACAUUUAUAUCAACAAAAAACUAUUCAACUAAUGACCGAAACGAUGGCGCAAAAAAUGUUACAUAUACCUUUGAUUUAAAUCAGUUUGCACCAGAAGAUAUAUCCAUACAAGUUAAUGAUACAAUGUUAAAAGUAGCAGCUGUUAAACAGGAACGUGAUGGACGAGGUUCUACUCAUCGUGAAUUUCGACGUGAAAUUGGUUUGCCCGAUGGUGCCGAUCCAAAAAAUUUAACAAAUACGUUGAGCAAUGAUGGUAUUCUUACAAUAAAUAUUCCUGUACGUGACUAUCGACCACCCUUAACGCCAACAUAUCAAACACAACAAUUUAAUUUACCAACAAAUAUUAAUACAAAGGAUUCGUGUGCUGUCGCUGAUCAACAACUUAAGCUUACAUUUGAUCUAAAUGGUUAUAAACCCGAUGAUGUCACUGUUAAAGUUAAUGACAAUGUAUUAAAAGUUCAAGCUUCUCAUGUUGAAAAUUCUGGUAGUAAUCAAAUUAAUCGUGAAUAUAUGCGAGAAUAUGUUUUGCCUGAUUGGAUCGAUGUCGAUAAUUUACGAGCGAAAAUGAGUGAAGAUUCAACUCUAACUGUUGAAGCACCUAUAACACACGAUCGCAUACCUGUACUCAAUCGUCAAAUUAAGAUCACGCAAUAA